GCUUGGUGACUUGCUCAAGGCCACAGAACCAGAAGGAGAACGGGAACACAAAUUCAGAUCUUCGUGACUAGAAUUUUUUGUACCAGAUAGGAGCUUCCUAACAAGCCAUAUUCCUUGUACCUCCCUGAACCUCAUUUUUUUCCCCCGUGGAACUUUUGUUUGAGGUUAUUUAACGUAAAAGAUGACAACAGCAGCUAGGCCAACUUUUGAACCUGCAAGAGGUGGAAGAGGAAAAGGAGAAGGUGAUUUGAGCCAACUCUCAAAGCAAUAUUCAAGUAGAGACCUACCUUCUCACACAAAGAUAAAAUACAGACAGACCACUCAGGAUGCCCCUGAAGAGGUUCGGAACCGUGACUUCAGGCGAGAGUUGGAAGAGAGGGAGAGAGCUGCUGCAAGAGAAAAAAAUAGAGAUCGUCCAACCCGAGAACAUACAACCUCCUCUUCUGUGUCAAAGAAGCCUCGGUUAGACCAGAUUCCCGCUGCCAACCUCGAUGCAGAUGAUCCUCUAACAGAUGAGGAAGAUGAAGAUGAAGAUUUUGAAGAGGAGAGUGAUGAUGACGAUACUGCAGCUCUUCUUGCAGAACUGGAAAAAAUUAAAAAAGAAAGAGCUGAAGAGCAAGCCAGGAAGGAACAAGAACAAAAAGCUGAAGAAGAAAGGAUUCGUAUGGAAAACAUUCUGAGUGGAAACCCUCUCCUUAAUCUCACUGGCCCAUCCCAGCCUCAGGCCAACUUCAAAGUUAAAAGAAGGUGGGAUGAUGAUGUUGUUUUCAAGAACUGUGCAAAAGGUGUAGAUGAUCAGAAGAAAGACAAAAGAUUUGUAAAUGAUACGCUGCGAUCUGAAUUUCACAAAAAGUUCAUGGAGAAAUAUAUUAAGUAGUACAGUUUUAUGUGCUGAAAUUAAAGACUAAAAUGUAAAUGAUCAUUUUGACUUCAUUUUGGUUAGUUUGGUUUUUUUUCUCCCCCUACUUCAAUUGUGUAUAGUCUCCCCUAAUUUUAAGUUCCAAAAUAUCUUUUCCUUUAUUGAUACCUUAUUUGAUAAGGACUUUGGGAUUGGUUUAACCCAGUUUCCAUCUCUGUUUUCGGUCAUAUUUUUUUUAAUAUGUGAAAGGGAAUCUUCAUGUAAUAGAUAUUUUUAAUAAUCUAAAUAAAUCUGUGUCCCCAACUUUUUUGUUGAAAUGUAUGCAGCUUAUAAAACAUUGUAUAUUUUCUUUUGUGUAUUGUAUUUCUUUGUGCAUCAGCUUUUUCUCCUUAUUUCUCACAUUGAUUUAAGGUCAGUUAACUCAUGAUAUCUGUGUGUUUUUUUUGAGUAUGAUGAAAGCUUCAGGGGGUUCCAUUUUGGACCACAUGUUUUAUCAGGAAAUGGCCCGAUUGUGUGUCUGAGGGAGCAUGGAGUAUCCCUUCUGCAGGUGCUGCUUUCUUUUCCGUUGGCCCAAGACAAGAGCUCCUGAAGCGUGCCUAGGAAGCAUGUGGCACUCACCUGUGUUCUGGAUACUCAACUGCCAUGUUUCUGUUGAAUGAGAUAGAGUUUGCACACUGACACAUUAGAUGCAAAGCCUAGGAAAGUUUAACACCAAGUAAUACAUGAAAUAAAACCUUUGGAA